AUGGUUGCAUGUGCAAACGGACACAGCGACAUUGUAAGCUGUCUCUUGGAGGCUGGGGUUGAGCCUGAGAGCUGCGAUGCUUUGGGGUGGACUGCCCGAGAACUUGCGGUAUUCAGAGGACAUCUUGGUAUAGCAACGCUUUUUACGUCGACUCCAUCAGAAACUACAAACGGAGGGCCUGCAGGCUCUCAUAGGCUGGCUUAUAAGAACCCUAGGCAGACUUUUUUCAGUAACAGCAGCGAAAGAUUAGUCGUCGUCAACCUCGGAAGCACUCAGGGAGGACACGAUCGUGCUGCAUUUGAGCUCUCUCAUUAUAUUCCUGAGAGGAGCAGUGGCCCCAGAUCGACGUCUUCUCUAGUACUCGAGAUCUGUGCUCCAGGAACAGAGGCUGAUGCAAAAUUAGUGCGGUUGCCAAUACUGGAAGACCAAAUCAACCAGCCCUUUAUCUUCCAGGCCAAAAAUGAAGCGCCCCUUCAGAUAUCUGUCCGACUAUUUCGUCGUGAGUCCAUGGACUCGAUGGUACUCUUGAGCCGCGGAAAUACAACACUAGAUCAUGGAAAAGUGUUCUUUGGAAAGAAACGCGAAAGCAUGGUUCGUGAGGUCACUGUCUUUAUGAUGGAUAAAGAGACUAUGGACUUGACGGGGACUGUGUUGCUGAGCUAUGUUGUUGCUACGCCUUUCGCAGGCCUCCAGCAGCCGGAUACAACAAACUAUCAGAGACGAUUGGGGGAUCCGAUGCGGAUGGUUGGUCAUAGAGGCUUGGGACAGAAUACUGAUAACCGAUCGUAUUUGCAGCUAGGAGAGAAUACAGCCAUGGUGCGAAAUAACAUAUCUUUUGAAUAUACUUGGGCACUGACGUCGAACUUGCAAAUUACUCGCGAUCUCGAGGCCGUAAUAUUUCACGAUUUCUCACUGAGCGAAUCUGGAACCGAUGUUGCCAUCCAUGACGUUACGCUCUCUCAGUAUAAACACGCAAGUGAUUUACAAGAACCACAAAGCAUAACUCCGGCCACUAUAGACACAAGUGGCGUGUUACAUGGUUACCCGCAAAGGCGACGCGCCUGGUCAACAGGUGAAGAGUCUCGCCUAAGAACUGUACAGCUGCGUGAUAGAUUGCGUUACACUGUAGACUUCCAGAGCAAGGGCUUCAAGCCUAAUACCAGGGGGGACUUUAUACAGGGCUCAUUGGCUACGUUGGAUGAGCUGCUUAUGAAUUUGCCAGAGGAUAUUGGUUUCAAUAUUGAAAUGAAGUAUCCGCGACUCCAUGAAGCGGUAGACGCUGGAGUAGCUCCAGUUACCAUCGAUAUCAACACAUUCGUCGACGUUGCUCUCGAAAAGAUCCAGAGACUAGCGGGCAACCGCCCAAUAAUACUGUCAUCGUUCACGCCUGAAGUCUGCAUUCUGCUCUCCGUGAAACAAAAGACAUAUCCGGUCAUGUUCAUCACCAAUGCCGGCAAAGUGCCCAUGGCAGAUAAAGAGCUCAGGGUAGCAAGCCUGCAAGUGGGCGUGCAGUUUGCUCGGUUCUGGAAUCUGGCUGGAGUCGUCUUUGCAUGUGAGGCGCUGCUAUAUUGCCCUAGGCUUGUGCAAUUUGUGAAGAAUGCAGGGCUGGUGUGUGCUUCUUAUGGGCUGCUGAAUAACGAGCCUAUCCUUGCACGAAAACAAGCGGAUGCUGGCGUGGAUAUAAUCAUGGUGGAUCGGGUCAAGUUGGUUGCGGAGGAGCUAGCCAAGGAUGGUACAAUGUCUAAUACUAGUCUCAACUAG